UUGUGCGUGUGCAUGUGUGUGUUUGUGGAAUAAAAAAAAUAAAAAAAAGGUCAUUGUAUGUUGUAUGUUGCAAAACAUCAUCUUUCAACCAAAUGCUGAAAAGGAGAUGAUCUAUAUAUGUCAGAGUGGAUCAUAUGAUGUAACGAAUAAAACCAUAGUAGAAGUAAACCUUGAAUGAAUAAAUAGAUACUGGACAUAUUUAUUAAUAGUUUAAAGUGGAUUAAUACACACAGAAUUUUAGGUUUGAUUAGAAAAAGAUACUUUGUGGAUUGCCAAAUAUUAGCCAAAAUGGGCAUGUCUUUGACCUGGAAGGCCAGAAAGGGCUGUUUAAGGUCAGGUGUUAUGUAGGUCUGCUGACUCCUUUGAGCCAAUGCACUGGAAAAAAAAAAGACUUCCUGUGUAAGCCAACGCUUUUUCUUGUGGUGAAAAUGUUGUGGGUGAAAAUGUUGGUCUCUGCCGUAGAUUCCGUCUGGUACAUGCCCCUAAAUAAAAAAAGUGAUUACGUACAAUAAAUAUUAUUAUUUUUAUUUGAUAUUGUUGUGUGCAUUAUGUUUUCAUUUGGUUUUAGUUUCAAAUGUUGAAAUAUAUUUUGUAAGUCGCUUUGGACAAAAAGCACCUGCUAAAUAUUAACGUCAUUAACGUUGGACGGCUAACCACAUUUUUACCAUCUCAGCGUCUAAAGUAGGUUAGCUAAAACAUUUUGUGAUAUUCUUUUAACUAUUCUGGAGCCAGUGCCAAUGGAAAGCCUACUUAUAUAAUCAAGUUGGUGUGUACUCCUGUUCGAUAUAGGUCAUUUACGUGUACCGGAAAGAGUGUAGACGUGAUAAACAUCAGUUGGUGUGUAGGUGUGCAAAGAGAUUAGUGUCAGCACAAGGACAGAGAAUGGGAAACAUCAGACUCUCUGGCAAUACGAACGCAUUUAUCUGGAUGUUGCUUCUUCAUUUUUCUGCAUUGAAAAGAUCUCAUGGUUUGUCUGUGGUCUUGAUCCAGGCCCCAGGCAAAGUGGAGGUGAUGGUGGGUCAACCAGUAGUAUUGGAGUGCUCUACCAAAGGUGUCAUUUCUGACAUUGAUACCUUUUACUGUCAUGCUGUUAGCUGGCUGAAAGUACAUCCAUCAACUGGGAGGAUGGAAACCGUCACCUUUAAAAACGAUAAUCAAAAGGGUGAAACAUGUGAAGUGACAAUUACCAAUGCAACUAAGAAAGAUUCAGGCGUGUAUUAUUGUUUGGUGAAACCAGAUCAGUUUCCACUAUAUGGCAAUGGGUCCAGUGUCAUCGUUACUGACAAUGAUACUAUCUCCGUGGAACUUGUCUCAUCUUCGGACAGUGAGGGCGGCACAACUUUGUUCAUCUGCAUGGCAACGGGUGUCGUUUCAUCAGAGAUUCGCAUCUUCUGGAUUGUCGACAGCGAAGGACACGUCGGGUUUACUGAAUCCGUUUGGUCAGAGAAGGAAAUCACCCAGAGCCGGUUCAGGCUGUCAGAUUCUGCCUGGCAAGCUGGAGCCCAGUGCACAUGUGUGGUGGAGACCAGAGGGGAGAACAUCUCCAAAACCAUUCAGUGUGGCAGCAUGUGUUUGAGUUCGUGCUCAUACCUGGUCUAUGGAAUCAGCGGCUCAGUGCUCUUCGCCGUCAUCAUGGCUGUCAUCUCUGCCGUGAUUUUAUGCCAGAGCCGCCAGAUUAGCAGUAAGAGUCGGCGUGCUGAUAACAGAAGGCCAAACUCUUCUUUGUCUCCAGCACAGUUGCAUGGCAUGCAAAGGGGCAAUCGUGGAACACAUAACCUAAGAUCAUCAGAAAAGGAGGUGCAAUAUGCCAGUUUGAACCAAAUUCGUUUGGGACAGGCAUCCAGAGCAAGACUACAGUAGGUUUACAAGGAGUAAUAUCAGCCAAUGCGAAGUUCUCAAAAAGAGGCUUGGUCCUUGGUACGGUACUACCAAUGCAUACGCUAUGGGGUUGUCUUCAGGGCAAACACUGAUUGACAGAGGAUGAAUGUAUGAAAGGACACAAUUCAUUGUGUGCACAGCAUAGAGCACUGAGGGAUAGCAUAGCGUGCUAUGAUGAACUGGGGACUAAAUACAGCUUGUAUUGAAAGGAUUUCAGCAUCAAAAUUAAAAUUUGAAUGUAAUAUGUAAAUAAAAAGGCAAUGUUAUCCUAAAUUUGAAUCUAAACUUUUUCCCACUCAUACAUGCAACUUUGGGCUCAAAGUGAAAAUGAAAAUUCAAUAAUUCCAUCUGCCAUUGCCAUUUGGUAUGCUACUAUUGAUAUUUUGUAAAUUGUCAUUUACAUAAAGAUUUGGAUGUUUCAUGAGUAAAUGUAUUUAAAAUAAAAUGUAUUGCCUAAACUGGAUUAAUAUGUUUCAUGUGAUUAUGAAAUAAUGGUGUCAAAAUGUUAUUCACCUAAUAUACUUUUGAAUGAUCAAACCCACCACUACA